UUUCUAUAACGUAGAAUAAUGCAAUUUACUCUCCAUGCCAAAAGAAAAUUAUAGAAUUUAGCAUCAUGCAUUGAUACUCUGCUGCAUCUGUCGAUAGUCUGUGUUACGUAAACAACAUCAUCUCGAGCUUCUAAUGCAGUAGGACUCUGAAAUGCAAACCUGAAAAGAUCAAUUCGGGCAAUCAGGCCCUAACCAGCUCCUGUUAUCUUUCCCUUAGAUGGCGCCACAGGAAAAUGCGGUCCUCUUUGUAACUAGCUUGCAUAUUAUCGCAAUUUUACCUUAUCACAUGUAAACAAAUCGCUGUCAUAUUCACAUGUGAAACAUGCCGGAGACUUGUUGUUGCAUACCUGGGUGUAGUAACAGAGGCGGACACGCUUUUCCGUCAGAUCAAAUCAGGCGAAAAUCUUGGAUUCAUGCAAUUAAGCAAGGAGAAACCCGUUCUCAAAGCUGGGAACCUUCUGUCUAUGCCGUAGUGUGCAGAUCGCAUUUCAAAGAAAGCGAUUAUUUAGGGGAGACUAUUCACGGAUGUACACCAUUAAGUAAGCGGUUAAAGAAAGCGGCAGUACCCAGCCUCUUCGAAUGGACAGAUCCAGCAAAGUCAACGACGGACAAAGCUAAGACAAGGGAUAGAACAAUGGUGAAGAAGAGCGGGCGGAGCUCGUCGAUUAACCUGCGGAACAGCGGGAUGCCUCUUCUGGUGAUGGACUGCUGGGAGGAAAACCUGGCACCCAGCCAGAUAAACGACUACAAACAGAAGCUGCUGGAAUGUCAAAAGGCUCAGGAAAAGGUAAAGGAAGCUCAUCGACUGGCUCAGCUGGGUUUGGCGAUUGUCACCGUUUUGGAUGAUCCCAGGAAACCAGUUCCUCAACCUACCCUGCAACAAUUACGACCAGACCUGAUAAAGAGCCCUCAAACACCGCGGACUCGGCCCAAGGAAUCUCAGAGGCCCACCAGUCCAGACAUUAUCUUUAUUGGAGAAAGCCCCCCAGUCCAGAAAACUCCGCUAACCCCCACCCAGAUGCCUCAAGUCCGCACACCUACCACCCAGACGCCUCAAGUCCGCACACCUCCCACCCACACACCUCAAGUCCGCAUACCACCAGCUAGCCAAGCACCAGCUUUACCAGCCGUGCCACGACAGCUGGUCCAAACUCUUCAAUUCCCAGGUGCACAGCAGCUACACAGAUUCCCCUCAUACCAACAACAAGCACCUGCAGUUCAGAUACAGGGAAGCAACAUCAGAGUCAUUCAGCAAAGAGGCAGCAAUGUACAAACACUCCAACAUCUCACGCCGGUACAGGGGACGUUCGGUAUUGGGGUCAAGAGGUCAGCACAGCUGCAGCCAGAGGACAUAAGUCCAAAGCGCAAGAGAGUGGAGGCAGACAGUGAAGUGAACUGGGUUCCACUGGAUGAAUUUUACUAUGGAAAGAGUGAGGGAGAUCCCACAUACAAUGAAGAGAAGAACGAAUUCAGGUUCAAGUGUUGGUAUUGCAAUAAAAUGUUGUAUAACAACAUCAAGGCCAUGAUGCAUAUUCAAGGACAUAUCGACUCCAGCAAACAGCAGAAUAUUGAUCUCAGUGACCUGACGCAGUGUAAACACUGUUACAGACAGUUUGAUACGCCGUUCGAGAUGCAGACUCAUGUAGAGAAGGUACAUAUGAACAAUGUGAACGUACUGAUGUGUCGCAUUUGUGAGCGAGAUCACCAGUCCAGACAGGCUCUGAUGACCCACAUGAGAGUAAACCACAAUGCCUGUGAAAUGCCUUACAUCUGUCAGCUUUGUAAAUUCAGGUCCUCGAUGUACAGUGACGUCGUCGACCACUUCAAAAAGAAACACGACAGUUCUCAACACAUCCUGUGUCUGUACUGCCUGAAGGUGUUCGCGGUCAAGUUUGUGUCCCAGGGGUGGGGACAGACCCAGACGUACUACGGGCAUCUUCUCAAACAUCAGUCCAAGUCCAACAGCAAGAAGUGUACCUACUGUCGAUUGACGUUCGUCAACCCCGCCGAUUGUAAAACACACAAAAAGAGGGACCAUGUCGCAAAUCAAAAAGGCAUAGAUUCCAGUCGUAUGUUUGAGCAGGACAUGAUGAUCAAGGUUCAGGAGUCUGGCCUGUCCAGCAAGCAGGCUGUGAAGUCACUGAAUGCCCCAGCGGUCAGUAAAGUGCUUGACUUCGGAGGGACAAGAUUCCCAUACGCUGUUAAUUACAACAACUGUGUUGAGUGCAAGACGAUAAUGGGUACCCCCGACCACUUCAGGAAGCACAUUGAGUGUUCCAUGUGUCGGUUUGCCACCAGUUGUAGUAUAGCCUACGCUAAUCACAUGAUGGGAUUCCAUUCGGGUCAGAUGACCAGCCUCAAUCUGAACAUACCAUGGGAACGACCAAUGAAAGAGCCCAUGCACUGUCUGUGUGGAUUUGGGAGUCGCUAUGGAAAUAAAAUUGCUAAUCAUCUGGUGUAUUGCACAAAGAGGUCGUGUUACAGCACCAAACCAGUGUCAGUCGUCAGAGAGGUCGAAGCUUACAAAGAUGAGGACCCCCGACACAAACCCGGGGCAUCGCUGCUUGACGUACUGGGCUUAGUGAAGAAGAAAAAUGUCACAACCAAAGAUCGAGGUAGUCUCAACAGUGAAGUCCAGCGCCGUCAAUCUAGCGAGGAAUCCUCCAAUAAAGAACCCUCGGAACUGAUCUGGAAGUCCUCAGAAGACGUACCCAAACCACUUGAAGAAGAUGAGAGGCAGGUGAAUGAUGGGAUACCCCAGGAGCUGAAGGGGGCGGAGAAGUGGAAGACUGUGAAAAUCAAGGACCAAAGUACUCCCUCCAAAGCUUCCGUCUUCCUGGGAGUGUCCAUGGACCCACCAAAUGAGCUGAAAAUUCCCAAGAAACCCAAAGACAUGGAAACUGGAACUGAAAAUAUCUCGGUAAAGGAAGAAAAACCAGAAACUAAGGGAGAUAACUCUGUUAUGACAGCAGGAAGUAAUCAGGCCUUGUCUGAACAGACAGGAGGUGAAGACAGCAGGCAGAUUAGUGAGGGAGUUGUACAGGGCUUGGAUAGUGAUGUGGUUAUGGAAACCAGUACUAAGGAGGGUGGCCAUGAUGUACAGUCCGAAAAUAAAGAUGUUAGUGAUGACAGGGAAAAGACAGAGUCCGAUUUGGCCAAGAAGAAGGAAACGAUACCAGAGAGAGAGACGGAGGAGGCAUUAUCAGAGAAAGCAGCAGAGGGAGAGAUACCAGAGAAAGAGGCAGAGGGAGAGAUACCAGAGAAAGAGGCAGAGGGAGAGAUACCAGAGAAAGAGGCAGAGGGAGAGAUACCAGAGAAAGAGGAGGCAGUAACAGACAAAGAGACAGACGAGGCAGUAACGGAGAAAGAAACAGAUGAGGACAUGAACAACAAAAUCACCGUGCCGUCACCACAAGCAGACGCAGUUACUGCAACUCCAGGUAUUUCUGAUGUUAUGGAAGACGAAGACCUAGUGAUGACGGAGGAGAGAGAGAAAGAGGAAGAGCUGGAGAAGGAGUGUACACAACAAGAGAAAUGUCCUGAACUGACAAGAGAUCGUGCACAGCUGGAGACUGAACAAGGGGAAGGUUCAUCGGAUUUAAUGGAGAGUGAAAGGAAGGAGGAUGAAGGAGGAGCUGAAAGUGUGAUGGAGGAAAUGGAAGUUGAAGGAGAAGAUUCUGAGAGGAACAUAGAGAGUGAAAUGGAGAAAACAUCCAAUGAGGACAUCCAGGGUGAUGACAGCAGUGAAUUAAAUGAUGGAGUAUUGGGUUCAACAGAGACCGGAGAGACAGAGGAGUCUAAGAGAGAAGACCAGAAGGAAAAAAAGUCAGAGGCAUCGACCGAAGAGGACCACAGGUCAGAGGCACUGGCUGAAGAGGACCGCAGGUCAGAGACACCGACUGAAGAGGACCGCAGGUCAGAGACACUGGGUGAAGAGGAAUGCAGUUCAGAGGCACCGGCUGAAGAGGGAGAGGUUGCAGCUACUGAAGAGGAAAACAACCAAGAGGAAGACGGAAUGGAGGUUGAGGAAGAUAAAACUGAGACCAGAGAAGGAUUGGAGGUGAAGGAUGAUGGAAUUGAGACAGGUGAAGACAGUGGGACUGGGACAGGAAGCAAACUGGAAGUUGAGGGUGAUGGGACCGAGGCAGAGAGGGGAUCAGACAACAGAACAGUAAUGGAUGACGCCAAAUGCCAAGACAAGCAGCAACCACAAGAGACAGGUGGAGAUACGCCAGAAUGUGAAAUCACAACAAUAGCAAAGAAAGAAGAGGACCAGAAACUAUCUUCAUCAACAGGAAGUGACUCUUUUGCUGCUGGAGAUACAAAAGGUGUCACAAAGUCAUGUGAUACUGAUGAUAAGAGAGAAAAGCCAGUAGAGGACAGUCAGAGACAACAGAGAAGAGAGAGCUCGACAAGGAGUAGCGAAUCUCAUCAUCAAAGUCCUUCGCAUGGUGACAGAAGGUCGGAUGAGGGUCGUCACGGUAGUAGUCAUCACCGUGACAACAGAUCUUCAGAGAAUAGAGAUUACAGAUCCCCUAACUAUAACCGGUAUGAUAGACCGCAAGGAGACAGAGGCUGGACCAGACAGGAAAGACACCCCCAUGAAGAUCGGGACAGUUACAGACAGCACGGCCAAAGCAGACAUCACCAUGACGACAGGCACCAUUACGACAGAAAUCGCUAUGACGACAGACGGCAAGGUCACCAUGAUAAUAGAUACGGUCAUCAUGACAACCGAUCCCAGCGAGGUCAUUGGAGGGGUCGCGGGGGUUACCGGGGAGACUACCGAGACUAUAGAUAGAGAGACUGUGUUACAGACACAUAUUCUCUUCGCAAAGAUUUUAUUUUUAUUUUUUUAAGUUGCACAUAAUAUUUCAAACAUUUUUAAGAAUAUGUAGCCACUCAUUCAUUAAAAUUUUGAUUUCUAUGUACAUUUAAAAUAACAAAAUGAUUUUUUUUUGCAUAAAUGUUUCUUGGUUUUGACAGGAGAAUGAGUAAAUUCAGUGAUAAAUGGUAGUUUUUUGUACACGAGGUUGUAAAUCAUGAAGAAUAGUCAGGUGACUCUUUUAUGUCUAUAAAUCUAAACCUCAGCGCCUUCGAGUUCUCCGACCUUGGAAUGUCUGCUAUGAAAAGAAUAUAUGUGAAUGUGUAUGCUGUACAAACUCAUUAAAAGAUGUUUGUUAAUUGAAAGUUGAUAUAACCAAGCCUAUUAAUAGAUGUAGGUACAUGUAUGUGAAUGUUUAUAUAUCUUUACAUAUACAAACACGUGAGUGCUUUUUAUAAAGGUGUUCAUUGUGUUUUGAAUUUGAAAUUUGAAUUUUACAGACAGUCGGUAGAGUAGCAAAGAAAUUUUGUAUGCUAAUAUCAAAUUGAUACUUGACCAGUAUGUAAUAAAACAGGAAAUUUA